GUUCCUCCCCACUAUCCCACUAUUGACAAUGGAGAAGUAUGAGAAGGUGUCCCGUUUGGGCAGAGGCGCGGCAGGAGAAGUCUUCCUGAUGAGACACACCGAGGCCAAGAGUCUGCAUGCCGUGAAAAGGAUCAAACUGGGAAGCAAACACACACAGGCGGCCAUUCUUCAAGAGGCGGAGAUCAUAAGGAAGCUGGAGCAGCCUCACAUUGUGAACUGCAGCGACGCCUUCGCGAGCCCUGCGGACGGCUUUAUUUACAUCGUGAUGGACUACUGUGACGGCGGCACCUUGGACGACCAAGUCCAAGAGAGGCAACCGGGUCGUUUCUUUCCAGAAGGAGUGGUCAUGGGCUGGUUUGUGCAAGUCGCCCUGGCUGUUAAUUAUGUACACAAAGCUAAAAUAGUUCACAGAGACAUCAAAACGUCCAACGUGUUGCUGACAAAACGAGGCACGGUGAAGCUAGGAGACUUCGGGGUGUCCAGAAUCAUGACGAGCACGGCUGACAUGGCCUCCACUUGUGUCGGAACUCCUUGCUACCUCAGCCCCGAACUGUGCCAGGAUGUGCCAUACGGAUCCAAGUGUGACAUCUGGGCUCUGGGCUGCCUGCUGUACGAGAUCUGCGCUCUAAAACCCCCUUUUGCAGCGACCAACCUCCUCAGUCUGUUCAUCAAGAUCACCAAAGGAGAGUACCAACCCCUGCCUGAACUUUACUCUCGAAAUGUCAGCUUUCUGAUGCACGGGAUGUUGUGCGUUGAACCUGAAAACAGGCCAAGCGCCGCCUGCAUCGUUGACAGCGCCUUUGUCCAAGAACAUUUACGGCACAUUCAAUACGAAGACACACAGACGAUGCAACACUUUCCUCCGGACGAGGACAUCGGCCGUCAUGCUCCCUGUGAGCAAAGUUUGAGCGAGGUAGAGGAGGAUGGUGCUAGUGGUUGCUUCUACGCUGACAACUUUGACGAGGGGGAAAGUUUGUCUUCCUUAGAAGAAGGGAGUCAACAUUCAGACUUAUCAUCAAGGAGCCACCCCGCGGAACCUCUUGUGUUUUCCCAAUGUUGCCACGGUGACCAAACUGAGUAUCCAGAUGACUUUGAGGAUGAAGAGGAGAAGGAAGAAAGCGAGGCGUUGAUAGAUGGGAUUCACGCUUCCUCUCUCCAGCAUGAUGAUUCUUUGGAUGAGUUCCAGCUCUGUGAUGCCGGAGGAAUGGCCGUCACGCUGAAGGCCUUGAAGGAAAAGGGAUGA